GGCGGCGGCUGUGGGACGUCCGUGCGGCUGCACGGCCUGGCGCGGGUGGCGGGGCCGUGCCCUCCCUCUCACCGCGCUCCUCUCGCCGCUGCCCGCGAGCGAUCGGUGAUGGCGGAGCGGCUGCCGCCGGGAGCCCCCUCGGUGAUUUUUUGCCAGGACUCGCCGAAGCGCGUCCUGGUCUCCGUUAUCAAAACCACCCCGAUCAAACCCUCCCCGGCGUGGGGCGGGGGCGAGGAGCCGGUGCCCGUCCCGCCGGUCCCCACCAGCCCCGGCUUCAGCGACUUCAUGGUCUACCCGUGGCGCUGGGGCGAGAACGCGCACAACGUGACCCUCAGCCCCGGGGGCGGCGACAGCACUGCCGGCCCCUCGGCGCUGCCGCCGCCCCGCGGGGCCGCGGGCAGAGCCCCCGCCGGGGACGAGGAGCCGGCGGAGAGCGGCGGCCGCCACCGGCACCGCAAGGAUGGGAUCAAACGUGGCCGGCCGAGAGCAGACACCGUCCGAGACCUGAUCAGUGAAGGAGAGCACUCCUCCAGCAGGAUACGCUGCAAUAUCUGCAACAGGGUCUUCCCAAGAGGGAAGUCACUGCAGGCCCACAAGCGCACUCACACGGGUGAAAGGCCCUAUUUAUGUGACUACCCAGAUUGUGGGAAAGCCUUUGUACAGAGUGGGCAGCUCAAAACUCACCAGCGUCUCCACACGGGAGAGAAACCAUUCGUCUGCUCAGAGAAUGGCUGUUUGAGCAGGUUCACACAUGCAAACCGUCACUGCCCAAAACAUCCCUAUGCCCGGCUGAAGAGGGAGGAGCUCACAGACAGGCUGACCAAGAAGCAGACGGCUGACAAUAAAGCUGUGGCUGAGUGGCUAGCAAAAUACUGGGAGACCAGAGAGCAGCGCGCUCUCGCUUUGAAGACCAAAGCGAUGCAGAAAACGGACCAGGAGCAGCAGGACCCGAUGGAGUAUCUCCAGUCUGAUGAGGAGGACGAUGAAGAGAAGAGCAGCUCUCACUCAGCUGCCUGCCUGCGCCGGCUGCAGGAGCAGCGCGAGCGCAUGCACGGAGCGCUGGCUCUCAUCGAGCUGGCAAACUUAGCUGUGGCACCCCUGAGACAGUAGAUGGGAGCAGUCUCUGCCUACACAAAACGUUACCUGCUGGUGUCACUUAACCAGUUAGAUCCCAAGCAUAAGCUAAGCACCUUAUUUGCUUAUCAUAGGCUGCUAUUCUGUAGAAUUUAUGAAGAAUGUUGUUGCCCCCGUAACGCGGGGUGAGAGAAUUGCACUUUUGAUAAGAUAGAAGACAUAUGUAAAGUUUAUAAGUGUUUUGUAAAUAUAGGGUUGACAAAUUUAUGUGUCUUGGGAAGCUAGAUUUUGCAAGGUUAACUCAUUUAUUUGGAGCAGUUUUCACAGGAAGCACUUUCUGAACAAAGUGUUCGCAAUUAGCAGAAUGGUACAUGUGGCCAAAGAAGGCUGACAAAAAGAAAAGCAUUUAUCUGACUAUUUAAGCAAAUUUAUAAAAAGCGAUAGGUCUGGGGAUACUGUUAAACAGCAACAAAACUGUGUUUUUCUAAUGUCAGUAUGUCUUUACCUAGUAUCAUCAAGGUGAAAGGCAAAGGUUAAUCAUCUCAACUUGCAGUGGGAAAGGAACUGCUUCGUGCAGGAAAUCCUAAGGUUGUUCAGUAUCUUCACUGUGACUGCUCAAGGUAUGAGGCUUGACUUUGCUGCUUUACAUUUUCUGAUUUGAUUUCGGCAGAAUCUCUUGGUAGCACUUGUUAUUCCUAACAUGUGACGUUGGGAACUUUUGCACAUUGUUUUGUCUGAAAAUGAUUAGUCUUGCAAAGUCUAGACAAAGUUAAACAAUUGGUAAUAUUUUUUCAGAUUUUUUUGACCCUGUAGUGGUUUGGCACUUGAUUUUGUUGAUAAAGGGGGUAUUUACAGGGUGGUAUGGAUUUCUAGUUAACUAUUCCAGAUCUUCUAUUAGCAAACACUAAGUUUUAAAGUAUUACUUUCAUAUGAUGAUCAGCAGAUAUGAGCCUCCGUACUUUCUGUGCCUAAAGCCACCUUACUGCUUUAUUUCAGGAUAACAUGCCAAUUUUGUGUUCACUAACCAUAGCACAGCUAUCAGUUAAACACUGCAGAAAGUAUUCACUAUACAACUAGAAAAUAGGCUUCCAAAGAUAGUUACAAGUGUGUUAACAGUGGGAUUUCGUAUAUUUCCCAAAUAAAUGAAGUUACAGAAUGCUGCCUAGUACUCAGAUGUUGAUAUAAAAUGUUUAACAGGGUAUCUUGUCACUUUGAGAAUGCUGUAUACUUUUCAGUAGCAUUGUCUCAUGGUGAUCUUUUUCCAUAAUUUUCUUUGAAGGCAGCCAGAGAUUCCUAAUAUUCUAACAAAACUUUGUUUUCAGAUUGGUCUUCUUGUUGUGUGGUUUUGUUGUUGGUUGUUGUUAUGAAGCUACUGCUUAAGGGGAUAUUAAUAAUGUGCAUUUACUGACCUGCUUGCUUUAACUCCUUCCUUUUGUUAGAGGUCAGGAAAUUCAAAUGAGAAGGGAAGCUUCUUUCACUCUCACUUAAACAAGAGGAAGAAAUAAUUUUAUCAAUCACUUGGUAAAGACUGACCAGAUGCAUACAGCUGUUCCAGAAAAGUAGAGUGGUUUUACACCAGGAACUGCAACUAGAGAAAUGUGUUCUCUGAUAACCUGUUGUGUUUGAAAAUCUCAUUAACCCAGUUCGUUUAAAUCUUGUAUUGAUGCACUUAGCUAAAGAGUAAUUGAAUAAUUAAAAUAAAAAUCACUUGCAUUGAAUGUAAAUGAUUUUGCACCAGUGAUACGGUUUAAUUUUUGCUUCAGCUUCUGAAAAAAAUAGAAAACACUAGUCAUACUAGGCUUCUUAGCCUAUGUAAAACUGGUAAUUCACGUGUGUAGGUUUUGAGUUUCUCAAAAAAAUUACAUGCUGUUGACUGUUAAUCUGGCUUCAUGCAAAUAAUCUGAUCCCAAAAUGAGCCCUGGACUUAAAUCCGUUGUAGUUCUGAGUCAUAACUGAGAAUUGCUCCUGAGUAGUGUUUCAAAGGGCAGGAGACUCUGUAAUUACCAGCCAGUUGCAGACUGGUGUUGUAACUUCAUUAGGAUUUUUUUUUUUCCCUAGUCAGCUGUAAUGCUUUGGGCAACUUGCAGGAUAUUUCCUCAAAAAUGACAAGUACACUGAAUUGUAGUAGACAAAAUUCAGACAGCUGAAGCAGUUCUGGAUCAUGACAAGUUUUGGGUAAAAUACCAAGUAAAAGAAAAACCCAGUGUGUGUAAGACUGCUUUUUGUUUUAUUAAGUGAUUACAUACAAGGAGUCAUGAAAGUGUUCAGUGCUUUGAAAGAUUAAGUUGUAGUUUGGCAUGAGUUAAAGGCAGAAGAGUUGAUGUGCUGUCAUUCUAAUAGAUGCUUUGAAUAAAAACUUUAAUUUUCAGGUUUAA